AUGAAGGAAAAUGUUGCGGAGGUGAGAAUGCCUAUGAAGGUGAUUUGGGAGGAGAUGAUGAAAAGAGGGAUGAUAACUUCUAGGAGAGAAAGAGAAAAAACGAGGAACUACUGUGAGUUCCAUGCAGAAGAGGGUCAUGAGACCCAAAAUUGUGAGGAAUUCAGAGCCUUGGUGCAAGGCUUUAUAGAUAAUAAAGAGCUACAAAUUUUUGAAGGUAGCUCUUAUAAAAGAGAAAUAAGUGUGCUGGAAGGUGAACAAAAAGGAACCAGCCGGCCAAGGAUCAUUAUCUCCCUGCCAGGGAAUAACGAAGUGGGGACACCAGCAGUGCCCAAGCCCCAUUCCAUACAACCUUAUUCAAGGCAAAACUGUCGUUUACCAUUCGGCACUCUACCCACGGAAUACCCAUUCAGCGUGUGUGAGUUUCAUCUAUACCCUUCUCGCUCUUUUUCAUUCUCAUGUCUGAAGCAUCUUCUUAUUUUCAUUCUUCUUCCCAUUUCCUUCCAACCUUCUCUCUCUUUUUCAUUUUCACGUCUGAAGCAUCUUCUUUUUUUUUCAUUCUUCUACCUAUUUCCUUCUAACAUUCUCCCUCUUUUUCAUGCUUCUAUCCUGACCAACCCUUUGACAAACCCUAUAAGUUUUGUUCAUCUUCUCCGUCAUUUAAAAUCUCGUUCCCCGUCGACGCCUCUGCUUAUCGCAUCAUUAGCCAUGUCAAGGAGAAAGGUUAGGGAGCCAAAAGAAGAGACUACGACCCUUGGACCUGUUGUACAAGACGAAGAGCAUGUUUUCGGUGUUGCCCACACUUUUGCAUCUUUUAAUCACACUUUCAUUCAUGUGACUGAUUUGUCUAGAAGAGAGACUAUGGUUCGUAUUACAGGUGGUAUGAAGGUGAAAGCUGACAGGGAUGAAUCUUCACUUUAUGCUGCUAUGCUUGCAGCACAAGAUGUUUCCUAGAGAUGAACUCAGAAUCACGGCACUCCAUAUCAAAUUACGUGCUACAGGAGGUAACAAAACCAAGACCCCUGGUCCGGGUGCUCAGUCAGCUCUCAAGGCUCUUGCUCGCUCCGGGAUGAAAAUUGGCCGUAUCGAGGAUGUUACGCCCAUACUGACUGAUAGCACUAGACGAAAGGGUGGUAAAAGAGGGAGAAGCUAUAAACUAGCACAUUAUGUUCUAGAAAAUCUAUCCUUUUAAGUGUUUUUUUGGUGGCAUUGGCAUUUGGUUAUUUGGUAAUAAUUGUUCUUUAUGAGCCCUUUUUCAUGGUUUUAUAUUGGUAUAUUUUAUAUUGGAGUUGUAGAACAUAAUGAACUAUGAAUCUAUCAAUCACAUUUUUCAUGUUUUUGGUAAUGUUUUAUAUGAAUCUCAUGUUAUAAGUAGGAAUGUUUAAUGAAAAUAGUAUGGUGAUAUUUUUAUUAAAAA